UGUUGUGGGUCGGACUCUUGGAAUUUGGACAUCAAAAUCAAGUCCAUAGAAAAGACCAUCGCCCCCCUGGUGCAACAGAUCAGCACGCUGGUAAGCGCCAAGGACCGGGCGCUGCGCAGCGAGCAGGCGGUUCGUGCGCGCGUCGGCCAGGCUGUCAACCUGGCCGUGGAGCGGUUCGUCUCCGUCGGCGAGGCCCUGGCUGACGACAACGUCGAGAUCAAGCUCGACAUGUACGACGCGUGCCGAAGCGCGCGCGCCGCCGGCGCCAGCAUCGAGCAGCUGUGCGACGUCCGCAUGGACGAGGCGACCGAGGACCGGGGCGCGCUGGCGCGGGCCGCGCGCGCCCUGCUCGCCUCCGUCACCCGCGUGCUCCUCCUAGCAGACACCGUCGUGGUCAAGCAGCUUCUCAGCGCUAAAGACAGGGUAUCUAUAAGCUUGAAUCGCCUUGAGAAUGUCGCUAACUUCACGGAGUUUGUGAAGGCAUUCAGCCAGUUCGGCACCGAAAUGGUUGAGCUGGCUCAUCUCACUGGAGAUAGACAGAACGACAUGAAGGACGACAAGAGAAGAGCCCAGAUGGCUUCAGCGAGGUUGAUCCUCGAGCGCUCCACCAUGCUGCUGCUCACGGCCUCAAAGGCCUGCCUGAGGCACCCGGAGUGCGAGACGGCGCGGGAGAACCGCGACACGGUGUUCCUGCAAAUGCGCCGCGCCAUGGACCUGGUGCACUUCGUGGUCAAGGACGGCGUCAUACCGGAGCUCGCCUGCGCCGCCUCCGCUUCGUCGUCCGAGUACCGCCGCAAGGGAGCCCGCAGGGGCUCCUGGCGCCUCGACGAGUUCGACCGAUGCGCCACCGUCCACAACGCCGUCAAGAUGUUCGAGGACCUGGUGGAGACAAUGCGCAUGACGCUGGUGGGGCCCAGUUGCCGUGAGCGGUUGUCGAGUGCCUUAGACGCGGUGGUGGAGCGCACGCAGGACUUCACCGACUCGGCCUACACGUCGCACGAGCACCGCGAGAAGAUCCUCCUGCUUUGCGACAGGGCCAAGCUUGAGCUCAACCAGCUCCUCAGGAUCGGCGUCAGCCUGGAUCAGGCAGGUUGUACGUCUCCCAACGAGGACCUCGAAAACGCCAUCGAGCAGACGCUAAGGGCGACGGCAGACCUCAAGCAACAGCUACGCGACACGGCACUGGACCACGCGGACGAGCUGUUCAAGACGAUGGACGAAGGCGAGCUGCUCAACCGGCUGAAGAACGCCUCGCUCGCCGGAGAUCACGCCAGGCUCGAGGAGUACGCGGACAAAUUCGCCGAGCACGCCGAACACGUCCAGGAGGUGUGUCGGCUUCUCUAUCACGUGGCGAGCACGGAGGCCCUCCAGGUGACCGCCAAAAACACGGAUGCAUGUAUCAAGGUCUACGGCUCCCAGGUGGUGAGCGCCUGCCAGACCCUGAGCACGCACCCAGUGAGCAAGAUCGCCAAGGAGAACGUGGAGGUGUUCAUGGAGGUGUGGCAGUCGCUGGUCAACGACGUGGCCUCGAUAUCGCGAGAGGCCAGCCAGCAGUGCCGGCCGCCGGUGCAGGGCCCUGACAGCGCACGAUCCGUCUACAUGUCGCUGCCAAGGCCCGGGCGCCACGGCACAACGAGCAAGCCCCUAAAGCCCAUGAAGCUUGACACUGAGGAGCAGGCCAAGAUUGCCAAGCUUGGCCUCGAGAUGAAGCUGUUGACGUCGGAGAUGGACGCCGAGACGGAGAAGUGGCCCGCCGCCGAGAAUGACAUCGUAGGCCGGGCACGCGCCAUGUCUCAGAUGGCCUUCUCUAUGUACCAGUUCACUCGAGGAGAGGGCGAUCUCAAGACCACACAGGAUCUCUUCACUCAAGCCGAGUUUUUUGCAGAAGAAGCCAACAAGCUCUAUAAGGUUGUACGGCAGUUUUCAUACCAGGUUCCCACGGGACAGCACAAGAAAGAGCUGCUUGAGUUUCUGGACAAGGUGCCCACAUUUGUCCAGCAGCUACAGUUCACGGUGAAGAACCCAACAGUGGGAAAGGCGGCUACUUUUACCAAGGUUGACAAUGUCAUCCAGGAAACGAAAAACCUGAUGAAUGUCAUCUCUAAAGUGGUCACAACCUGUCUAGUCUGCGCAACAAAGUACAACCUGGACUUCCGUGGCUCGGAAGCUGGCCGGGCGCACUCUCAGUGUGGCUACCAGGAGGAGGAGUACAGCUACAGUGACGGAGGCGGCAGCACGGGAUUUGGGUCUAAGGGCGGCCCAGGCGCCGUCAGCUCGUCAGACCCGGGCAUCUGACAGUACGGGAUGGGCCCCCGGAGGCCCAAGCAGGACGCCCGCCGCACUAGGGUGUCUUUUUUACUCUUUUAGGGUCAAAAUCCAAGCGGGACUAAGCAGCCGUAGGUAUGGGCUGGCGAUGACUGGCACGUGUGGCUGCCGACGUUCACCGCGCGCCUAGCCAGUGUGCGCGCGGCCUCAGCAGUUGUGUAUGCCUUCUUCGCCAGCUCAGCUGCGGUUCGGUAGUUCUGCCUUGAUCACCGAUCCACACAGCAGCAGUGCCUGACAACCUUUUAUCAUUUCACAACUAAUUUUGCUUACAAAAUGCAUGAAUUGGUAACAUAUUGUUUUUGUUUUGACCACAAUAUUUUUCCUGCUUUUGUACCUUGCUUGGCUCUUUGACUAACCCUGUGCCAUACCUCAAAAAGCUACAGACGAAUGUCGGCGUUAUUUUAAGCUUCUCUAAUGCUGUGUCGUGCAGUGCAUGACUGAAUUGUGUUCAUGCUGUUGCAGAAGAACUGCAUGCUGCCGGUCGGUGGUCAGAGCAGAUGUAGUCCUGUCUGCCCCACUCUUGACGUGCGCUGCCCAGUCGCCGGAAAUGAACUAAAGUGAGCUAUAAAUUGCGCUAAUAUUCCGUAUUUCUGCUCGACACACCCAGUGCUAAACUACCCACUGAAAAACACCAAUGCCUACUAGGCCUAGGCGCGUUAAGCUUAAUUAUUUUCCCCGCUGCGGCACUGCUGACAUAAAUCCUUUAACAUUCUGGACCAUGCCGCUGCCCUGAAGUUACCGAUGCUAAAAGCCUAAUCAACGCAUUCCCUCGCUUUCCCAAAACUGUGCUAUCUGUCUGCACAACCUUUACCCAAUGAGGGGCAAUAUGCUUCCAAAGCAAGCACAGUAAUGAGCUGCUACCAUAACCUUGCUAACCGGUGGUUAAGACUGCGCGCUUGCACGUCAAGUCGUGGGUGGGUUUUGACCCUGAAACGGUUUUUUCUUCCCAUUUUCAUUCCCUCCCUUCUUAUUAAGUGAGUGCAUCCAUGAACCCUUUCCUUAAGUUACUCAUGUGGCAAGGUGCCAUUCCGUCGGAGCGGGCGACUCUUGACACAAAAAUCUAGUCAUAUUUUAAGCUAUUUGCACUCUUACAUUGAGUGUGAAGUGAAAAAUAUGCUACUUCUUAAAGAUGUAGUCUGGCUCUUAAAGCCAGCUUACUACGUGUCUUACUGAAACAGUACUAGCGUGGACUGCCACGUUGAUUUUGGAAACCUUCCGCGUGGAAUACAUGAACUGGUCAACUAAUUUAAAAUCUGGGGCAAUAAGUAGGCUUUAAAUUAGAAUGAGCGAGACGCAAUACACAUAGUUUGCACUGGCUUGCAGACUUAAGAACUUGCCUGUUUUUCAGUCCCGUGAUAGGCAGCGAGGCUCUUGGUUCCAAAUUUUUUUCUUCUUCGUGUUUGCACCUCGCUCCGUAGUCCACCAGUUUUGCCUGCGUGGCUUCUGUCACCGUUUCUGGGCUGCAUGUGGGGUUGACUGGAGCAAUAUUACAGUGCCAGUGUGGGAGAAAAAGUCCUGUGGAAUACUGAGCCUGCACACUGUAGCGUUUCCAGGAUGCUGCAUAAUCGCUCAUGGUUGUUGCCAAUUGGCACCACUUAGGAUACAUCGGUUUCAUGUCGGUACUCAAUUUGUGAAAAGAAACAAAGUCACUAAAUGUUUGAAUGCUGCCGAAUCCUGGCUGUGUUGUGUCAGGUCUGUGAAUCUUCUGGUGUUGGAAGUGAGCACAUAAGUUGGCCUCUUUCUGCAGAGUUUAGUGCAGGCACAACAGGAGGCCACCUGAAGUAAGCUGCAGCCAAACGCUCAGUGGCUUUGUUCCUGUUCACAAAGGUUGUCGAUGAUUGAAGGCGGGAAAUUAAAGAAGGGCCUUCUCAAGUGGAAAUGGAGUAGGCCGGGAUAGCAGAGCCCGUUUCCAACAGUCCUCCUAUAUUGUCGUCCUGGUUUCUCAUUCCGUGGUUUUUACCUUCGUGUACUGAAGCCACCCUCAUUGUUCAUGCUGUCAUUUUCUACAGUCAGUGCACAUUGUAUAGCCGCCCCUACCCCCAUUGUUUCCUGUAGUGAGAAACGUACAAAUUUUCCCAGAGCCUCGGAGUUCUCGAAUGUUCCCCCUACAGUCUUCCGAAUACCCAGCCUCUCAUCAUGUGGUAGGCAACGUCGCAACUGAAGACUCUUGUCUUCCUUCGGGAGACGCUUCACCGCUUCCCGUUUUCUCCUUUUUCCAUGACGUCUUCCCCGACGUUUCCUCAUGGGUGAAACCGAGGUCGUUUCUGUCUCAAAGAGCCAAAGAUAAAAGCAAUAGAUGACUCCAUGUUGCCUUUUUUUUUCUUCUUUUCUCGUCAUGCAGUUGCGAGGGAGUCCAGGCUCGAUUGUUGCCGGGUGUGAAAUUUCAAGUGAAGUGCUUGCACCGUGUGGUUAACAGUGCGCUAAACAAUCUCCUGCUUUCAUCACUCCUCCAGCUCUGCCUGAUAUACAGGUCAACAACAGUAUAGCAAGCCAAAAAACGCUUGAGAGCGAAGGACCCGCACUGCACUGCUUCGAAUGCCAACUUACUGACAAAGCAACCUCAGUAGGUUUAUAUAUGCUAUUCCAUGUUUGAGCUUCCACUUGCGCCCCAAGAAAUGUGAUGACAGAACGUGUAACACUGCUGCCUGCAUGAAAACUAGUAUCUUGAAAACAAGUUUGUUGCUGAUUGGUAUCACAUUGCUGCCAUACAGUGUAGGCAUGAGGCACUUGUUGUGCUGCUGAUACUGGAAUGUAAUGGGAUGUCUUCAAUGUCUAAAGAGGUAGGUACCUCGCUUAAAAGUAUCAAAAGAGACGCCUGCCCGCGGAGACAAUUCAGUCACCACCACUUGUAAAGCCAUCGCACUUUUUUCGAAUCAUCACAUAUGAUCUGCUGUUGUGGCGACCCACCUCUGGGAAACAGCGACAAGCCCAGAGGCUAAGGCGAUGUGGCUCCACUGCCUGCAGUGCAAAUGCGGGCCACCAAGCAAUGACGUCUGGUUGUGGUGGCCACCGUGCUGAGUGUGCACACAAUAUCUAUGCGUCGCCAAGUGGCGGUGGAUUCACGGGAAAUCCCCCAUGCUGGCGACGAACGUGCCCUGUGGACCCCUCUUUGCCAGCGGCCCCGUCUCAUUUCAGUGGGUAGCUUACUGGGACCCAGGUGUGCUUGAGCAACGCGCCCAGGGAUUCCAGCAUGCCAAAUGCGGUCGAUUCAGGCCAUGUAGACACUUCACAAAAUCUCGACAUGUAGUAUGAGGGUGCAGCUUGUAGUUUUGAGAUGAGGCGCUGGAUACCCGUCUGACUCGAUUUCCUUUUUGAUUGUGCCUUACAAGCAGAGCUCAACUUAUGCGCCUCUACUCUCAAACAUUUUCCUUCUCAGGCACAGUAAGUCUGACGACAAGAUUUCACUGAGAUGUAUUGACUCUUGUGGUUUGUCUAUGUUCCUUGAAUUCUUUGUUGUGUGUGAGGCAGCUGCAUCUCAAUUGUUAAAGAGCUGAAGAGCUGGGGCGUGACACCACGGUGCGACAAGAAAAACAGUUCUAGCUGUCCAAGAAAUCCCUGGGCGUCGAGCUCAUUUUCUCGAGGCUCCAUGUCCACAAAGAUCUUGGAACAUAACCUUCCCAACGUCACUGGGUGGUCACAUGGCGAAUGUUGCCAGAGAGCAUUCCGAAAUGGAAAAGGUGGGCCGAGGUAUCGUUGGCACUCUGGGCUCCUGAGAGGGCGCACUGUCUCAAGUAUACAUCAAAGUCAACGUCAAAUCUCCCGAGAAUGCUGCUUUUCUCUCGAGCGCUCGGAUUUCAUUACCUCCAGAUGGAAGCGUCGUCCUGUCAACCUUCCUCCUAUAUACACAUGAGCACGCACACACACACACAUGCACACACACACACAUUAUAUACAUAUAGUGCUGCUCACACGGUUCUAUAGGCAGAGAGAGAGAGAGAAUUUAAAGAAACAAAUGGAAGAAACCAUUAGUCAUAUGCUGUGAUCGUGUCUUCGACGUACAAUGUUACAUUCCUCUCCUGUCCUCCCGCAUGGAGCAACACAGGCGCAUGCUGCUAGGAAGAAAAAUGAAAAACCUGCACACAACUUCACGUGAGGUGCAUUCUUAAUUUUUUGUGUGCAUGCUUCUUUUCCGAGUAAAGGGUAAUGAAGAUUAAUUAUUAUUCCACACCCAAUGCAGGUUCCUAACAUUCUCUAUACUAAAGCUUAUACUCCUGUCAAAUACUCAUAAAGGCAACAGCGCCUGUGAUUCUAUUGGAGCGUCACCGCUCAUUGCCACUACAAAUAAUAUUAUUUGGCCGUAUCAGUUUUUGAGGACAUGUCAGCAAUAGCUUGCAAGCCGUUCUUUUUCUUUUUUUAGGUUGUGUACUACAAUAUUCACCAAACCUAGUCAUGGGCACUUUUAUGUUUACUGCACGAAUGUAAAGGUGGCGCUCAAUAUGCAAAGAGCAUGUCUCUUGAAUGCAUAGCCUCAAGGAUGCACGUGGCAUGUUUAGCUGUGCUUGGGGUGCCUGGCUUGUGCAAGUGAUGCCAAGGGAUAUUGCUGCUUGCUAAUACCUGGAGUUGAAUGCAAUAAACACUGCGUGAAAGAUUGGAUUUAAAAGCUAUAGCCGAGAGAAUGGCGUAUCUAAGUUACAUUCAUUUGCUGUUGAUAGCAUAGAAUGUUGAAUUUGGCUUUUGUGAGCAUGUUCCAGAAACUAUUGUGCUAAACGGUGAACAUUGGAACAUUCAACUGCGAUAAAUGGCAGUUACUAAGAGUGAUAGUCUUUUAGUAUGCCAGACGGGCAGUACUCGAAGAUGCUCACUUAUAAAGACAAAUAGUAAUUACGAUAUUGCCAUUCUGUGUUAGAUACAGAAUUGGAAUUGCGCUUGUUUCUUCAGACUGUUACGUAGCGUGGUCCCUAGGGAAGUACUGCAACAAGAUGCAAUAAAGACAAAUCUGAAAAGACCAUCUGAGACCAGCUGCCCUAAUUGCUUCUUGUGUGUCCAUGCCUGUUGAACCUUCCACCUGCAUGCAUUUGAACAGUACGAAUAUUCAAGCCAUGCGUCAACACUGAUUACAUAUGAUGAUGCUCAGUGCCAAAGAGAAAUUAUUCAAGCCCAUGCCACUGGACUGUGAGUACACAGGGACUCUCUCUGUGAGUACACAGACCUGAAUAGCAAUGCUCCCUGCACGUUUCACAAAGUGGCAUUGUGUACAGAACUACACAGCUGCCAUUCACUUGCAACCUAGCAGCACCCUAGAUUUUGAAUGCAUGCAAGCAUGUCAAAUCUUGCACGUAAUUGAUGAAAUUAACCUGCGGCACAUUAAUAAGGAGGGAAAAAAGAAGAAACCGAAAUACAGGUUUUAGUUACUUCCAUCAUUCCACUUAUGGCAAUCUCAUUACUGAGUGCUGAAAAUGACCAGUAGCCUUUUAUAUUGCAAACAUAAUUGAUUGCACUGCAGUCCUCUAGCACACACAAUAUGCAGCAAGUGCACGUCUGCUGCACUCACUGCCACUGCAUGCAGCGGCCAAGCUGUUAGCACUGAAUAUCCCACAUAACUUAUUUAUUUUUUCCUCGCUACAUAUAGUGCAGUUCAGACGUAAAUGAGUACAAAAUCAGCAGAAUUCACUUAUCCUCUGCUAAGCUUCAAUUCGAAAGCAGAUGAGAAAACCACAUAUAGCACUGCUUGAGUAGCUGCAGGAAUGGUAUGUUCCUGUAUGUAUGAGCCGACAUGGACCUUUUGCUGGACAAGUGUGUGUGCUAGGAGACAGCAGUAUCGUUUUUGCGGUGCAUGCGGUGUCGCUGUUCCGUGAUGGAGGCCCCCUCACCUUUGACUGAAAGCCAGCAGCACCUCCUCCCUUCCCCUAGAUGUAGUCCUCUCACUGCCACGUUUUUUAUAGGCAUUUACGAAGAUUCAGUCAGACGCAGUAGGAGGCUUUUUCCUUGGUCACUCUCUCUCUUUCGGCAACAACAUAUCCCGUCUUGCGUCGUAGGUCAGGCAUGUAGGUGAUACAUUGCCAGGCUGUGGAAAUUGUUCGCGUAAUCGCGUUGGUAGCCAUUGUUGCAAAGAAAGUGGAUGCUCCUGAGCAGAAAAACUUUACUUUUCUCGUUCGCUUCCCUGUCACCCGCCAGAGUUUGAUGUGGUAGACAAGGCCGCGUUUUAUGGGAGAAGAAAAUUUCAUACUGCAAUGUGCCACCAUGGUCCAAAAAUUGCGAACGUACAUUUCCGUCGUGCUCACGCAUGUUCUCCUGAUGCGACUUUGCACCCGCAAAUGAAAGAUUGUGGCUCGCUGGGGGUAUUGUGACGUGGAACAGUUCUCUAAUUACUCCUCGAGCCUCAAACAAUAAUUCAGCUGUGCUUCGUUUUCCUUUCUGAUAAUCGGCCCCCCCCCCAACUUUAUAACCAUCUUCGAGUGCAUAUCUCACAGCAACAACGGAGCUUUGGCAAGUCUUGCAUAAUCACCAGGCAAAGAGCUUUUUUACUGAAAACAGCAUGUCUGUCACGAAGCGCCUUUUCUUUUUUUUUCCACAGUUAAGGUACUCCACACUUAGAUGGCUUGCUGCAAUUGAACAGGUCAGCUACAGACAUUACAGUGGAAUCUAAGCCCGAUCAACACGGAGCCCUGCAUACUGGUCUGGCUACAUGUCAGUGUCAACUUACACGCCUGAAUGUCUGUAUGCUGAAGCGGUGUGCAGGUGAUGCCCAGGUGGCAAGCUGUGCGCCUACCAAUCAGAGUUCAUGAAUAUGGAGAAAGGGGAGCUAAUUCAGCAGCCAAAACAGGCCCGUGCACCUGUCCAGUGGGGGCCAGCACAACGGCUGACCUGCACUUGUUAAAUGCGUGCCUGGAUUGCAGUGAGGGUGCUCGUAUUGCGAGUGCAGUCACCCUUUCCACACGAGUGUGCACUGAUGCCAAGCAUGUAAGCUGACUCAGACACGUAGCCAGGUGCAUAUGCAGUGCUCUGUGCGAGUCUUACUUAAGGACCUAGCAAAAAGUGCAUUACAGAUCGCCUGGGAGAUAUCCAGUUUUGCCCUAGCUAGUGGAUGGGGGUGGAAUGCAAAAAAUAGAUAUAACAAAAUAAAAAAAUUCUCGGUGUAUAAAGAUUUAGGUGCAUGUUAAAAAUCACCAGGGUGUCAAAAUUAUACUGGUACUUUCCGCUGUGGUGUCCCUCGUAGCCCACACUAUAUUUGGGAUGUAAAACCCCAAUAAUUAUUGCCCUGUAUAAUGACCUGCAGGAACCUGGUCAUGUAAAUCAUAAGCAUUGAGGUGCUCAUGGCACUUACAAAAACUAUCCAAACUGCUCGCAGUAUAGUGCAGUACAGCACUGUAUACUUCGGGCAGUUUACAGAGUACCGUCCCAUGUGACAAGCUUGAGAUUUUCGAGGCAGAAAACAGAACUUCAGCUAUGUCAUUUUGGCAAAUUGCUACCUACCGUCUCCCAUGGCAUUGCGAAGUGAGCAAUUAAAGUACACAUCAGCAUUAGUUGACUUUGGAUUGAGAAAAAGGUGCGGCGCAAGCACGUUGUGAAACAUUGAUUUUGCACAAGCACUAACAAGCAUCACUGAGUGCAAACUGUGAACCUAUUCAUUUCAUAUGCUUCGCGCUGACAAAAGAUGUCCACAGACACACUUAAUGAAAGCAACAACACAGUUGCACUGUGAGCAGCAUAAAACAUGCAUCCAUUGUUCGUUCUUUCUAUCCCUCUGACCAGUAAAAUAUUUGCUACUGUCUGCUAUGGUAGCAAGGGGCAAGAUUUCUAGGAUACUGCACAUGACUCAUCAAUGUUUCUCUUGUCAUUUCGUUCAAGUGUUUCUAAUUCUUAUGCUCCUAUGGAAAGAAUACAAAAUUAUACCAAUACCUAGCACUCAGCCAUGCUUGUUUCUGAAAUAUCAUUGCAACACAACUUUUCACAUAUGAAGCGGGAAGCGACCACAUGCGACGCAUUUCACUGUGGCGUGCAAGUUGUCGUUGAUGCGAGCAUAAAAGCUUGCGUGAACUCAUGACGGAAACAGUGAAAGAACCCACAGAUCUGAGAUGCGAGUCGUGAAAUCCAAAUGUAAAGGGAAGGCAAUACAGACCGGCCCAAUUGACAGGGGAGCGGUGAUCUUCAGCAGGGAAUGAGAAAGGGUAUACAAGUAAUGCAUGUCGUAAUCACGUUUUAUAGUUAUUUUUCACCAGCACUCUUCCUGCUUUUUGCUGUAAGUAUAUAAAUACAUAUAUUACCGCUGUUUCAGUCUCCCUCGUGUAAAUAGUAGGACUAAAAUAUUUAUCCCCUUCUAUUAAAAGACAAAGGUUGUUUCUAUAGAUGUACAUAUAAAUGUCAGUGUUAAUGUGACAAAAAAUGAUUUAAAUAAAUGAAUGAAUAAAUAAAUAUAUAUUAUAUAUAUAUGAAUGCGUUGUCUACAUAUUGAUGGUCGCUAUAUGAUUGUGAGACAGAAGUGUUUGCCGAGUACGUAGGCUUAAUGUUUCGAAGUGUGUUCUUAGGUUUGUCUGUUUAGCGGCCACAGGUGGUGUUCUCAGACAAAGAACACUGUGUUGAAGAAGUGGCUGCUGGAGCAUGUUCCCUUUUCCUCGGGUGGGCAGGCUUGAUGUCAUGCCCGUCUCCUCAAGUUUCGGUUGUGCAAAAGCUUGCCUCAGCAAAAAUUGACUUCACGGAGCGACCCGAUUUAUAGAUGCCAGACAACAGUCUCUAAGCACAGGAGAGCCCUCGCUCGAGGCCAUUGAGGUCGUAGCAUGUCCAUUGCCCUUUUGUCCAGCAGGAUGAAAUUGCACAGGCACCGUGUCGUUCACUUCACACUGUGGUUUCAUUCAGUGGCUGAAUCCGGUUAGUUGCUCAGCAAAUUUCAGCAGGGCAGUUUGCUAUGCCUAUGUGAGCAUGUUCCAUUGUCCUGAAACAUUACAGGGUAAGCACAUGGCAGGGAAAGCAAGCUUGGCAUGCACCUAGGCCGUUGCUUAUGAUCGUGUGAUGCUUCCUCAGUGGGGGCUCAGCACCCACCGUUCUUACAGUUGAAGAUGUCACUCUCUCAGCAUUCAAAGCUUCAUGGACGCAACACAAUAGGUGCACUGCACAGACAGAGUGUGUCUCAGAAUGAUCUAGACAAGGGGGCAAUAGCACUACAGCAGCCAUGUAAGCGAAUGUCAGGCUCAAUGCUUAGUCUGCAAAUACAGGCAUCUGAGGCUUCUUGUGGCUACCGGAACAGAUGCAGCUGAGGUUGCCUUUCAUGAAAGCUAUAGGAAAGGGGUUGUUAUGAGCCUGAUGAGAAGAGCGUGGCCAUAAAGCCAUCUUUGCGGGACAGCCACAGACGAGGAGAGGUUUCACAUGGCAUUCCGCAGACCACAUUGCAAGGGCUCGGGUCGUUCCGUGUAUUGCUGGGCCAGGGGUCAGUGCCAUGCAAGAGCACAACACUUUCAGCUGCAAGUGCAAGCGGCUGAUAGUGAAGUGCGUGUAACCUCCCGCUAAUCAGCGUUGUGUUUUCACAGAUCUACUAGGCUAGGUAUGAUUGACGUGUUUUAGAGUUUCAGCCAUCUAGCAUACAACGAAAUGUGAGCAAUAUAGGUCUGUCAAGAUGUUUUUAAACUUCGUAUGAUCUGUUGGGAGCUGCUGUAGUGAAACGAUUACAGAAAGAAUCCCCAAACAUCUGCCAGCAAGUCCUUGAAUGCAGACACAUUUUGUUUUCGCAGUGUGGACAGCACACCUGUUUCUUGCCUGUGUUUCUGCCUUUACAAUCUUAUUUGUUGUGCACUUUAUAGGAUAUAAACAUGCUAUUAAGCUACCUGGCAUAUGUGCAUCUGAUGGUGUAUGUUGCCAUUGACAAGGGUAUAAAGUAAAAAGAAAUUAUGCCCCAAAUGGCCCGAAGAAGGCGUGUAGUACUGCUACUUACUGAGUACUGCAUGUUGUCAGAAUUCUUUGAGAGGAAGCUCCACAAUACAUUACUGCUUAGCACUGGCAGAUAAACAACAUGCAGCAGUUUUUUUGUUUGUAACUAACAACCUGCUAUACUCACAUUUCAAGAAGAUUGAUUUUGUGAUGUGUCUCUGACAAUGCACUUUUCUUUCAAUGCUCACCUAUGUCAUUUUUCUUCAUACUAAUAUAGAGGCUUGCACAUUGUUAUCUUCAGCACAAUCGUUUCCUCUGCUGUUGCAGUGUCCACCCUCAAUUCAAGGGCAGAAUUCCUAAGAUCAUGUAAUGCGACGCCCAAACAAUGUGGAAAAAACAAACAAAAAGAACCAGGUAUGAUGUGUUUUGGGCAAAUGUUAUGUUCUUCCACAAUUCUCCUUCCGGUGUCUAUACAUUUGUGUCCUCCAGAAUAAAAUCGUUUUACAUUAACACAAUUGUGCUUGUCUGCUUUGGCUAACAUGCAUGCUGCUCAUAUGUGGUAAAUGACCAAGCUAAGUAUUCAUCUACUGCUCACAGCACCUCAUUGCCUAUAAAAAUGCACUUGGCUGUGCUUUGUACACCUAACAUAGACACGUAAACUGGAUGUGUCCUGGAAAAGCAAGAGAGUCUUUGCACUCACUACCAUAAAUGCUACUAAAAUCAGUAAGCCGAGUGCAACAAGGCUCUACAGCUCUGUCAAGAUUCCGAGUGUACAGCACACGCUACAUGUUACCUGCACUGUUAAAUUAUGCGCACCUCUCAGGCCACCUUUUCCUCAUAAGGGUACAGACAACGAAGAAAGUGAAAGAGCUGCAUUCUAACUACUCAGCAGCAGCAAAAGAAAGCAAUUGUGUUGUUUUUAAAAAAGAGAACCCCCUAGAAUUGCACUACAAAGACGUUCUUUCCCUAAAGAAUGAAUAAACACGAGAAACAAUCAAAUCCCCGAGGAAUGGCGAUGA